UUUUUAUCUUUUAAUCUAUUUUUGCGAUGUAUAAUUUUAUAUUUUUGCAUUAUAAUAUCUUAUUAGUUAUGUCCCGUGUUUUUAAUAACUUAUGUCUUACUAGGUAUAAAUUUGAUUUCAAAGUAUGAAAAGUAAAAAUCAAUUCUUUUGAAGAACAAAUCGUGCAAUUAAAUGUAGUGUUUUCUAUAAAGGGGAAACAUUUAUUGUUUUUACUAGGGUAAAUACAUCAAAUCCCCUUGGCUUGAUAGUAUAACUUACUUUAGCCCUUUAACUAUACGGGCAUUUAAAUACCGCCUAUUCUUAUUUGAAGUGAAAUUAAUAUCACCCUAUAACAUUUAAACCACCUUCAUCAUAGUUAUUGUUGUUUACACACCUUCAAGAUUGGAGGGUUAAAUAAACGCCCGUGUAGUUAAUGUGCUAAAGUAAGGUUUUGCUGCCAAGUUCAAGGGGGAUUUGAUGUAUUUACUCUAGUUAAAACAAUGAAUGCUUCCCCCUUAAAGAAAACACUGCAUUUAAUUGCACGAUUUGUUCUUCAAAAGAAUUGAUUUUUACUUUUCAUGCUUUGAAAUCAAAUUUAUACCUAGUAAGGCAUAAGUUAUUAAACAACACGGUACAUAACUAAUAAGAUAUUAUGAUGCAAAAAUAUAAAAUUAUACACCGCAAAAAUAUGAUUUAGAUUGAAAGAUAAAAAUUAAAACUAGCUCAAAAAGUGUAAAGGACCCAAAAAGUUGUUGUAAGAGAAAAAAAAAUAGAUAGAAAAUUUAGGGCUUCACAUAGUAAUCUCUAUACUGAGAACUCCCAAAUAUUUCCCCUUUCUGCAACCCAAAUGGAAUCCCUAGGGGAUGAAGCCGCCUCUCGACACCCAAAACGGAGCAAUCCCGGAAACCCUGCUCAAUUUCCAUCCGUUUCAAGCAAAGAUCCAGUCUUGCCAAUGCCUAAUCUUCCUGUAGAGCCUGUCACUCAAAACCUGUCCCAAGGAGAUGAAGCAGUCUCUCGACACCCAAAACGGAGCAAUCUCGGAAACCCUGUUCAAUUUCCAUCCGUUUCAAGCAAAGAUUCAGUCUUGCCAAUGCCUAAUCUUUCUGUAGAGUUUGUGACUGAAAUCUUGUCCCAAGGAGAUGAAGCUGUCUCUCGAUACCCAAAACGGAGCAAUCCUGCUCAAUUUUUAUCCAUUUCAAGCAAAGAUUCAGUCUUGCCAAUGCCUAACCUUCCUGUAGAGCUUGUAACUGAAAUCUUGUUUAGGCUUCCGGUGAAAUCCCUCUUACAAUUCAGGUCUGUGUCAAAAUCUUGGCUUUCCUUAAUCUCUAGCCCUGAAUUUGUGAAGAACCAUCUCUUAUUAUCCGCUGGUAACAAGGACUACACCCACUAUGGAGUUAUGUUUAAGGUUGCUAGUAGUGCUAGCCAUGGUGUCACAGACUGUUCUCUUAGCUCUUUACUUCACCAUCCUGUAACGGAGGCAAUUGACUUGGAUUAUCCAGGUAAAUAUCCCAAAGACCAUCGCUAUCCUCGGAUUGUGGGUUCUGUCAAUGGAUUGAUUUGCCUUGCCGUUAGUCUAUUUAACGGAGUACAAGAAUUGGUUCUAUGGAAUCCAUCAACUAGAAAGUAUAAUAGACUGCCUAAUUAUAGACUUCAUCGACCCCGUGGUUACUGCUGUUUGCAGGAACAUCGUGGUAAGUGCAACUUUGGUUUUGGAUAUAAUGAGCUCCAAGAUGAUUACAAGGUAGUGGGCAUUUUCACUGUUUACAAAAGUAUACAGUUGUGUCGUGUUGAGGUCCAUAUAUAUAGUCUAAGGAGUAAUUCUUGGAGACGUAUUAACGACUCUGCUUGGGAUUUUUUGCAUGUUCCGGGAAAGCUUGUGAAUAGAAAACUUUAUUGGCUUCAAAACAGCUGGAAUAUCAGUUCUAUUGAUUUGGGUAAUGAGAAAUGGACAGAGAUAGAAAAGCCUUUCAGUUUUAAGGAAUAUGGUCAUUUCGUACUAGGAGUGCUUGGAAGUGAUCUUUCUGUGUUGUGUGAUUACAAGAAUUGUCAUGCAGAUGUUUGGAUUAUGAAGGAGUAUGAAGCAAAAACAUCUUGGACAAAGAUGCUUACUAUCCGUGCUGAUAAUGACGGUAUGCUACAUAUACGUGAACCACCCUUGUUAGUGACAAAUGAAGGUGAUAUUUUGUUUGAAAUUGGAUCACGUAUGGCGAAAUAUAAUCCAAAGGAUAAUUCAUUCAGAUAUCUAGAUGUUACUAACUUUGCUCCAUAUGUUGAGGCAGAAAUCUACGUUAAGAGUCUAGUUUGUCCCUUUUCACACAAUGAAUAA